AUGGUGAUGCGGAUUGGUGUUAUUUGUUGGAGCAUCUGGAAAUCCCGUUGUGCUGUUGUGUUUGAAGGUAGAAGCUUUUGUCCCAAAUCCACAAUUGAUUCAGCAAAAAGAUUGGUUGUUGAAGCUUUGGAAGUUGCAAGUGGUGAUAUAUUGCUGCCUAAGAUGGUGAUUCCUCUGGAUGCUCAAGGCCUGCGUUGGCGUCCACCUUCCCAAUCAGUUCAUAAGUUGAAUAUUGAUGCAGUCUGGGAGAAACACACUUUGUUGGCGGGUUUAGGGGAUGUUAUCCGCGAUGGUGAGGGAAAUUUUGUGCGAGGAGGUGGAGGAACUAGAUUGACGUCUUCUGUCAUUGAGGUUGAGGCUCAUGCAGCCCUGCGAGGCUUAUCUUUAGCGAAUGAGGUUGGCUGUACUAGACUUGAAGUGGAAUCUGAUUCUAAGGAGUUGAUUCUGAGUGUGAAAGGAAAUAUUCAGAAAGGUAGCUGGAUACUCUACCCUAUUCUAGUUGCGAUAAGAGAAAAAUGUAAGUUCUUUCAUUUUUGCUCUUGGAGGUGGAUUCCACAACAAGCCAACAAAGCUGCUGAUGCUGCAACAGAGGAUGUCAAGAGGAGGAUGUGCAACGAAGUCUGGGUCGACAGACUCCAUCUUCCUUGGUUUUUCUUCUUCAAUGUAAUGGAUUACCUUGUCCUCCAGCGCUGUAGGUUUCUGCGAUUGGGAAUUGACAUGCGUCUAUAG